AUGGGCAAUAUUUGUUUGUCUCAAAAUUAGACAGUAAGUUAAAAAGGAAAACUGCUUCGCAUAUGUGGUUAUACUAAUUUAAAGUAGCCUAAUAAAUAAAUUUUACAUCCAUAGAUAUAGAACCUAGCAUAAAAUUUAGAUACAUUUGAAGAAGAUUUUUUUAAAAAUGAAUUUCUAUUUGAUAUUACAGACGAAAACAUAACAAACAAUUGUUCUAGCAAAAUUAAGUUAGAAAGGGUAGACUUGGUUGAUAUUUAACCAAAUAUAAUGCAAGAGCGCCCCUCCUUAAAUUUCUUAGGCGAAUAAUAAAUUCAAUACAAAAUCAAUCUAAACAGAAUUUAAGAUGAACCCCUAAAUUGUGCUUUUAUAAAAGAGAAAAGUAAGAAAGAUGAACGGUCAUUUAAAAAAAGUUAGAAGUCACAUAAUAAACCAGUAUAAAAAAAAAAUCAACCAAGAAGCAUUUUAAAACAAAAGAAACAAAACCACCCGUCUUGGAGCAACUUUUCAGACAAAAGUCGACAGCAUUCUGUUUCAUUCAACCUCUUACCAAGCAAAGUCAAUGACAUAAGACCUAGAUCAAUGACUCCUUUAAUUCUUACUUGUAACAGUGGAUAAGUAUAAAAUAUUCCUACAAAAUGCACUAUUUUUAUGUAAUAAUUUCCAUACCUAUGA